AUGCCAGGUUUCAUAGGAGCAWCGUCUCUGACGAAAGUAAAACCCCCUGAUGGAAAUCCUGUCAGGAUCAGUUCUGCUAAAGCCAACGAUUUGUUGGCGAACUUUCGACCCAAGAGGAACGUGGAUCCUAAAUGGUACCGAGGUGACCCCGACUUUCAGUCCUAYUACAGCUUCUACAACAGCAUCGGACACGUUGAAGGACUUUAUGAGAUAGACCGGAUCCGGAUGUUGUAUCAGCAGAUGCGUCACCUGGAGCUGGCCUAUGGGCCCGACGCUGCCAGCUACCAAAACAAAAUGGGUGCUGCAACCAGCACCGCAGAACCAGCUACAAGAACUCGCCCUCCUGCACCCCCCACCGCCCCGGYUCCCACUCCAGACCCACUGGAGAACGCUGAGAAGUUCUAUCUGUGCAACCCCAGGGACCCUCUGUGCAAACCUCGGRUCGUCUACCUGCCGACGGGAGCUGUCCCAAUACUGUGUGACCCCAGGCUCAACCUUGCAUGCAGUGCUACAGAAGAAGAGGGGGUUAGAAAUAUUUCUCCAUCUCAACCAACACCAGCCACUCCUGCUCCUGGAAAGGCCGUCCCACCCGUCCCUCCACCGGUCACCAAGAAGGGGAUGGAAUACGACUGUGACCCAUACUGGGAUCCAGACUGCCUCGUCGACCAGCCUCCCCAUCCUGCACAGGAAGCAUCAUCACCAGUAGCACCAGACGAAGAAACAACAGAUGAAGGGAAUGUUCCUGUUGUUUUMAAUGUAGCUAAAAAGAAGAGGCCCAACCCUUAUUUUGACCCCUAUGAUUUCAAAAGUGACCUGUAUGACCCCUACCGUUAUGCUGAGCCAGCUCCGGAUCCACAAUAAGAACAGACUGUCCACAAAAAGAUGACAAAUCGAUUGACAGCCAGACCAGAACUAGAGUACGGUUCAGUAAUGCAGGUUAAGCUGCAAAUAUUACACAAUUUCUCAGAUGAAAAACAAUACAGUGCC